GCGCUCCUUCCAUAGUCGUUAUCGUUCGGUGCAAAUCUGCUUUUAGAUUAGUUUGACGCAGACGUAAUAUUGCCUUGACUUUCCACAUGUUUAUUCGUGAUGAGCUCAGCCUAGUUAAUUGCACGAUAUCGACGAUAUCAUGAAACAGCAUUGACAACGUAAUUGGUGGUCGUGUUAAGAGCUAGUGCUCCAUUGGCAUACAUUGGAAAAAUUACUCCAUUAGAAUUAUCCGAUGCAGCAACAAUGAGCAAUCUGAUCAAUUUAUAUAGACUAACAUUAAAUGCCCGAAGUAACAGCAGGAUUUAUUACAGUGGAUCGUGCUCUUCGUCUAGGAUCCAGAAAGUAUAAUGUGACAAGAGGUACAAUGGGGGUGACAAUACGAAUCUUCGCAGCACUCGCAUGCCUAACGAUCGUGAAAUGCAGCGACAUCACACCCUCUGUCUUCGGCAAUGUGUUAGAUGCUAUGCCGGCAGCCUUUGGAGAUUUCAACUCCGACGAGCUAACGGAUGUAUUUGUGCUGCGUAAAGAUGGCAAAACAUUAGAGAUUCUACUUGCAGCAGAACAGGAGCCACUCCUACGCCCUGGGACAAAUCUUAGUUGUACAUUUCGUGAUUUAGUGACCAGUGUCGUGCCUGGAGAUUUCGAUGGAGAUGUGUUCAUGGAUGUAUUAGUAACUACAUUGCAUAUUGAGGACGAUAAGAAGAAGACCAAUGUCUACGUUCUAUGGGGUGGCGAAGGGCAGCUUAAUUGCAGCGACGAGUCAAAGCCCCUCUUAGAAAUGCAGGGUCAACCACUGGCCAUAGAUUAUAAUCAGGAUAUGAUUAUAGACCUUUUUGGCUUAGAUGUCAACUAUCAGCGAACUUUUUGGAUAUUUACUCCAGACAGAGCAAACCAAAGCGUAAUACCAAUGGAAAAGGGUGGACUGGACAGACUGCUGCCUAUACGGGCGCCUCACUCUAAUGCAUUUCUUGAUCUGAAUGGAGACUUUCUUCCAGAUCUUGUUGUUACCACAAAGGAGUACUUUGAGAUAUGGCAUGGAAUUACCAAAUCACAUGGGUCUGGGUUUGUGUACUCCAAAACUAUAGAACUGCCUCAUGAGAUAUCACGUCAGUCCUCGUUCUCUGGAUACAUAGGGCAGUCUUUGUUUCUGGACAUUGAACUCACUGGAAAGAUGGAUUUGGUCCUGCCAGUAUGCUUCGACAGUGAUUGCAAAAACAGUACUAUUAUGAUCUAUUCGGAUGGCUGGCAUGUGUUGCCGAAGUUAAACUUCCAGGAUAGUGAAAACAAUGUAUGGGGCUUCGUGCCAAUUGAUGGCAGACGUUACACAGACACUAUUACUGUCCGCUGGGGAGACUUUAAUAUGGAUGGAUACCCAGACCUUCUGGCUACACUGUACUCCGACACUAAGAAACAAUUCAGAUCGGUGCUACUGCAGAAUGUAGCCUGCAACAACUGUGGAAAUCUUAACAGGACCUUCCAAGUCAUGUGGAAUGCCUUAAAUCCAUUCUAUAACGAAACGGUAAUGGCCGUUUUCUACGACUUCUACCAGGACGGUAUCUUGGAUGUCAUACUGAUCGAAUUAGAUAAAAAUCGCAACCUUUAUCAAGCUGCUGCAUUCAAGAAUAGUCUCGACUACGAUGCAAACUUUAUUAAAGUUAUGGUACUCACUGGACGUACUAACAGUAAAUACCCUAUUUCUCCUGGCAUCCUUGGAAAGAAGAAACGUACUUAUGGGACCAAUCUACCAGGACCCUCGAUAUCCUACAAGACGACAACUCAAGAUGGCAGUCCUCGUAACGGCAUCGCUGCUCAGUUACCGCAGAGUGCUCACUUUUCGCUGAAUCUACCAUUUACUACAUUUGGCCUGGGCAGGACACCGAACUUCAUUGAUACAUUGAUCAUAGGGGUAGCUGGGGAAUCCCGUGAGUGGCCUCAAAUAAUUCCGAACUCCCAGAUGGUGGUGAUUCCCAAUCCGAUAGAUAAACCAUCUGGAUGGAAGGCUCAACUGUUUGUAACACCCAGUAAGUUGAUAUUGUUGAGUGCAGCAGCCUUGUUGGCCACAUGCAUUCUCAUCUCCGCCAUAAUCGUGGCUCUCUAUUGGAAGGAGAGACGAGAGGACAAAAUUGAGAAACUGCAGGAGGCUCACAGGUUUCACUUCGAUGCUAUGUAACCUGUGAAAAGCUUUAGAUUCUCGUGUAAGUGUAAUGUUAUAAAUAAUAUUUAAUUACUAAGCACCCUGUACAACAAUUUUCUUCCCUUUAAGGUAUCCUUGUCUUGACAAAUACUGCACACCUUUGAAUAUUUAAAAAACCCCAUAGGGUAUGUUAAUAUUUUCAAUGUUUCUCCAAGGAUACUUUGGAGCACGAUGUACUUGUUUUAAAUCUCACUAUUUAUUUUAAUUAUUAAUGUAUUCGUAAUGAUUUCAUAUUGAUAUCAUAAAAAUAAAAGAUGAAAGAGGG